AUGCCCUCGUUCAUCGUUUCACGGUGGACCAAAAUGGAAGAUGGAUCUUCAGUGCUGACGACUACUCUUUCGUCAGAUCCAAGCCGCGGACAACUCUCCAGCAAAGGUGACAAAGUAUGUCAGCCUCCUCAUAUUUCGGUUGAUGUCUCAGCCCGACAACCGUCGCCGCCUGACGACUCAGCGAGACAUCUCUAUGAAUUCAACUACUUCGCAAAGCUACCGGCAGAAGUCCGAAGCAAGAUUUGGAACCUGGCGUUCUCUCUAUCUUCACCUCGAAUAUACAUUCCGUACGCACGCCGAAUAGAAGGAAGUGGGAGGCAGUAUCCUCACUAUCGACAUGACUUGCCAGGACUUAUGAUCUUGAGCAAAGAAGUCCGGGAAAUCACCGUCAGAAAUCGAAAACUUUCUCUCAUAUCGGGCAGGUAUGAUGUCUGUAACUUGAAAUAUGUCGACCGCAUAUAUGGCUGGGUGGAUCCAAAACGCGACUUACUCUAUAUCGAUCUUCAUCGGCGCAUCCAAGGUCAUUUUUAUUAUAUCAAGAACGUCUUUGAAACUGUGAUUCUCUGUCCACAGAACAUCGGGAAUGCGCUUCAUCUAGAGGAACUGUCUCGAUGGUCUACAACACUAUCUCAUUUUUAUUCCUCAGAAUCGGGCCCAUCAUAUUCGUCAAAGGUCAAAGAACUACAACUCGUUUGCCGAUCAUACAACCUUCCAAUCUCUAGGUUUUCGGUCGGAACACAGAACGACUUUUUAGUCUUAGAUCUUGAUAAGGAGAAUGAUGUAGAUUGGUUUUUAGCAUUACGGAACCGUUUUCCAAAGUGCGACAUUCCUUGGAAUGUUAUUGAGAAUGAUUUUCGUCGAGAAAGAAACCUUGAUUGGCAACUUGGAGUACUUAACGAUUGGAGUACAGGAGUAAAGGAGUUCGAGGGUCAAUAUCAUAUUCGCCUUGGCGAUGCCG